AUGAUAUGGAAACAGCAUGGCAUUUUAUUCCCAUCAUCAUCAUCAUCAUCAUCAUCAUCAUCAUCAUCAUCAUCAUCAUCAUCAUCAUCAUCAUCAUCAUCAUCAUCAUCAUCAUCAUCAUCAUCAUCAUCAUCAUCAUCAUCAUCAUCAUCAUCAUCAUCAUCAUCAUCAUCAUCAUCAUCAUCAUCAUCAUCAUCAUCAUCAUCAUCAUCAUCAUCAUCAUCAUCAUCAUCAUCAUCAUCAUCAUCAUCAUCAUCAUCAUCAUCAUCAUCAUCAUCAUCAUCAUCAUCAUCAUCAUCAUCAUCAUCAUCAUCAUCAUCAUCAUCAUCAUCAUCAUCAUCAUCAUCAUCAUCAUCAUCAUCAUCAUCAUCAUCAUCAUCAUCAUCAUCAUCAUCAUCAUCAUCAUCAUCAUCAUCAUCAUCAUCAUCAUCAUCAUCAUCAUCAUCAUCAUCAUCAUCAUCAUCAUCAUCUUAUUCUAUUCAAACUAUAAUUCAGGGCUUGUUUGUUAGUUAUUCACUCACAGUUCAUUUACAAUAA